AUGGAUACGAGAAAAGAACGCCGAUCGACGGUAGACAUUUUCGAGAAAGACGUGUCACGAUCGGACGAGUUGCCGAUCGCGAUGAUCCACAGGGAGGGAAUUGGCGAACUUUUGGCGAGACAAGCGAUGGCCUGGUGUCGUUACUGGUUGCAAACGUUCCCCAUAAGAAUGACGUUGAAUAACGUCGGAUUGUUGACGGUGUUCCUGGCAAUAUUGUCGCCACGAUCCCUUAUUUACAGACUCGUUUAUCCGAUUUUCAGAUUGGUCUUCGGCACCUUAUACCCGGCGUACGCUUCGUACAAGGCAGUGCGUACGAAAAAUGUCAAAGAAUAUGUCAAAUGGAUGAUGUACUGGAUCGUAUUCGCGCUGUUCACAUGCGCGGAAACAUUUACCGAUGUCUUCUUUAGUUUUUGGUUCCCGUUUUAUUAUGAAAUUAAAAUCAUCCUGGUGCUGUGGCUGCUGAGCCCGGCCACUAAGGGCUCCAGUAUACUUUACCGGCGCUUCGUACAUCCCGCAUUGAUCCGUCGUGAAGCUGAGAUCGACGAAGCCCUAGCACGCGCGACCGAGCAAGGUUACACAGCGGUGCUGCAUCUUGGCACUAAGGGCGUGAACUAUGCCACCACGGUCCUCAUGCAGACCGCCAUCAAGGGCGGCGGCGGACUGGUGCAACAAUUGAGGAAAAGCUACAGCCUCAGUGAUCUAACCGGCGAGAAGGAGGACGAAAAUAGAAACACACCCGAUGCGCGUGACGAGAUAGACAUGGAAGUAGAACCUCGUCGAAGAGAGCACGUCGGCAGAAGAGGCUAUAGUCCUCGCAGGACCCAGUCCAGCAGCAACGCAUCCCGAGUAGAGAUGUAUUUUUCCGAAGUGGAUGUCGAUGUGCGGCAGCCAAGGCCUAGAGAACCCAUAGCUAGUUUGACAAAUAUAAGGUCCUCGGAUGACAUAUCUAGCGGUUACAGUAGCGGCGAGGCGCUGCAAUCCCAGCGCGCGACAUCUCAGGGCGACUCCUUAGUGAGAACGUCGAGCGUCGGUGCGAGAACACGCAUGAAGCCACGUUCCACCACGAAGAAAACGCCCGAGGACAGAGGCGAGGAUUUCGACCGAACAUCUCCCGAAAAUGUUUCCCUACCGUCGUCCCUACCGUCGUCCCUGAACGUCCUCACUCCCGAACAAGCUGUCGAACUUUUGCUAUUGUUGUCUCAGAAUAAUAAAUCGAUAGACCGCUCGACAUUCGAAUCUGUUAUCACUUGUAUUGAUAGCGAUAAAUUUGCAAACGAAAAUCAAUCCGCAAUGAAAAUAGAAGAUAAUGAGUCGUCGUCGUCGUCGUCGUCGUCGUCGACGGAAUCGAGCGGCGAGUUCGUUGACACAGACUCAGCUCAAAUAGACGUACAAACAGUGCAAACCAUAGAGAUCAAGAAUAUCUCGACGGAGAAUUUGUCGAUACUUACAAUGAUGAAAAGCGUAGACAGGAUAAAUACCGAUAGCUCGAUAAAAGAAUCUAAUUUUCAGCAAAUCGAUUCUAACGCGCAAAUUGACUAUAUUGAUGACGAACCGAAAGGCAAUCAAGUAGCUUCAACUGUUUCCCAAAAGCCUGACGUAGGAGCUGAUCUCGAACGAAUAACUGGCGAGAUUUGUCAGCAAAAAUUCGACGAGCUGAAGCAAUUGCUGGACGAUGCGCAUAAAGCCGUAACGGGCCUUGUGUCUUCCCAAGAAAAGUUGAAUGCGAUCGAUAGAGGUAAGGAACAUGCAAGUAUACGAGAAACUGAAAUUGACGAUUCGUCGAGCAUUCGUGCCCGCGAUGUCGUGACCCAGCCUCCCGUUACACCGAGCACGUCGAUUUACGACCUCGACGGUGAUAAUCGCGCGGGAAAAUACCAUAAAAAGCCCGCUCCGAAAGCUCCAAUAAGUAACGAGGCGAUAAUAAAUAAUGAAGAUAUUAACGAGAACGAGUCUCAAAAUGCUCUGAAGGCCACCUUGGUCAUUAAAACUGGAACGUUAAGAACUGUCUCGAACGCGGAUGCUACGAAAGACAUAUUCUUGGCGCACGCCCCGGACACGAAAAAGAAAAAGAAGAAAUCUAAUAGAUUACGCGCUAAGGAGAAUUUUUCCAAAUUAUUAACGAUCCCGAAGAACAUUUUUCACAGCGCUUUCCACAAGGAGCAAAGCGGAACUUCUUCCAAGGAUGAAGAUUCCAGUUCGACAUAUUCCGAGACGAGUGGAUCCGCGUCGAGGUCGGGUAGCAUUGGAUCCCAGGUGUUCGUGGACGCAUCUGCAAAAUUAUCUGCUUCAAAACAGGAAAUGGAUGUGGAAGAGAUUCCACUGAGACCGGAGCGUAAUGACAGUACUAAAAAUUUUGAUAGAGAUAUGAAUUCUUUCGCUGAAAAAUUGUGUACUAAGGUUGCACCUUUGAAUGAAGUCGAAACGGAUCUUAAAAUAGAGAAUAAUAAACAAGAACAAAGUACAAUGAAUGUGGAAAAAUCUGAAAAUGAUGAAAAAAACCACGAAAAGAAAUACAGAUCGGAAACUUGUGAAUCACAGUCGCUGAUCCACAGUGGCAAGAAAGAAAUAAUCACUGAUAUUAAUUAAAAGCAUUUUAUUAAUGUCUCAUAUUUCACAGGGAAAUUAUGUUAGCUGUGUUAAAUAAUUACGUAUAUCUGUUUUUUCUUUCAUGUUUUUAAAAUAUCACAGAAGCUUGUUCCUUUUCCCUCUAUCCCAUUUUCUAUAUCUCAUAUUAUCCUAUACUUUAUCCUAAUUGGAAAUCCGGACAGAAGAGAUGGACUGUUCCAUUAAGAUCAUAACGAGUUUCGCUACUUUGCCUCGCAGUAAGAAGACUAGUAAGAAAAAAGUGGCAUGAAACCUUCCUGCUGCUGACCACAUUAAGGAAUAAGACCAAGUCUCUUCUAAUGGAAGUAAAAAGAAAUUAUCUUCAUCGGCGUGCGAAUCUAAUUUUGCACGAGUUAAGGAAUAAUGGGCACAUUGUCGGUCAGCAGCGAAUUUCGAUUAGCCAAAACACGCGAUAUAUACAGUUGAAUGUUUCUAGCACCAGUACAUUUCUUAAUUUAGCUUUUCGAUUAUUAAUUUAACGUAUCGAUCGUUAGUUUCCAUCAGUCCGAGAAUAGAGAAAGUUUUGUCUUCUCUCUUCUAUCUGUUUGCAAGGAGCUUGCCGAAUAUACGCGAGGGAUGAAAUAAAAUCGACAGCUUUGUCAUUUUCAAGAACGAAGAAACAUACAGAUAAUGUUUAUAUAUGUAUAUCGAACGCCGAUCAUGUCGGGUCACGUCGCACCGUCGCUCACAGCUCAUCCGACACGUUGUUACACGAUUCAAUAAUUUCCCAUGUGUAUCUUAAACUCUCGCGAGAGAGAUCAGUCUAGCUUUUAUAUGCUAACGUUUAAUAGUGCUGUCGUAGAUAGGGAGGACUUGAUACAUAUUGCAUGCGGUACAUCUGCUUAUGAAUAGGCUUUGGUUAUACGUAACGAAACUUGCCAUAAUUGCGGCGUAGUCGAGAACAGAGAGUAGAAAAAGAAGUUUACUAUCAGAACGGAUCAGCGCGAUACUUGACCCGCCGUCAGGAUGAUGUAGGCGAUCGCUGCGAACAAUAAAAGAAUCACCAUCAAACCAGCGAUUGCGAAGCCGCAGGAUGACUUCGAUAUAUUGCGAACGCUAUUGUAAUCGAACAAAUUGAAUCUAGUCAAUCAGGAAGAUGAGUAGAAACUCAGACCAUACUGAAAUAGUGCCACGCAAUUGUCCUAUUGUAUAAUCCUCUUUUCACUAUGAAAUAAUAAUUGUUUGAUGGACCGUGUCUAACUACGAUUGUGUAUGCGUCACGGAGUAUUGUGUGGACUUAAUAGCUGUUUUCCCCUCGCACGGAAUCUGAAGUUUCGAGAAAUCACGCGAAUUUCUUAAAAUCUCCGGAGAUUACGAUCUUGCGUAAAGAUCAAUGAUCUUUAUUAAUGACAAAUUGUUAAGAGUACUAUUAACUGUGUAAGAUCACUUUCAGUUUCUGCACGCUUGUAACUUGAAGACAAGAUUGCCAUGUACUUUGAUAGCCAGUUUAUUUCACGACUACUGACCUAUUCUAGACAUAUUCUUAACUUUUCUCAUAUCAAUUUUAUUGCGCUCAUAAUUUAGAAUUCAUCUUGUAUAAUUCAUGCAAUAAGUUAAGUAUUUAUUAUGCAUAAUUAGUUUGUAAUUACAUUUACAUUUUUAAUUAUAUUUCGUAUUUUGAUUAGACCGAACGAUUUCGUAUCGUAUGCCUAUGAAAGACGCACAAGUCCUACGAUAUUGAAUUUAUUAUAUUGAAUUUAUCAUAUGUGUUAACUGAUUGGUAGAUAGUUUAUCGUAUACUUUAACUUUUAUUGCAUAUCUUAGGCAAAA